UCGCCCUUUUUGUGUUCUGUUUGGGUCUCAAGAAUUGCAAGUUAUUAUAAAUAAAGUUAAAAAUGUUUAAUACGAAAUAACCAGUGUCGUGUUUAUAAUAAGUGCGUCAAGGUGUUGCUUGAAUGCGAUGAACAAAAAUGAACGCAUAAAGAAAUUUGGCUCCAAACGAGCGUGAUGUCAUUGUGGUGCUAUAUAUUGAAGCAUUCAUAUACAUAUGUAUGUAUGUAUGUACACACAAUACUCACGUACAUAUAACUUACAAUUUUUUAAAGUGUCUGGCAUGAAUAUCUGCGGAUGUACCAUAAUAACAUUGAGCUCUGACUUAUAACAAGAGUCAGGGAAAUAGUCAGUAAUAGUCCAAAAUUACAUCUAUCAACCGCAAGCGAAUAUUUCCGUUAGGUGUGUAUUUAACGUGUUCAUAACAUACGAAAAUAACGACCAACUAUCGAAUGUGGAUUGAGUGUGUGCCUUAGUUUGGAAACUAAACUGAUUUUGGGUCGCAAUGGGCAGCGUCUGGAAACGUUUGCAGCGAGUUAACAAACGUGCGGCGAAAUUUCAGUUCACUGCCUCCUAUCAUGAUCUGCGCUUGGAGACCACCGCUAAGUGGCGCCCUUCAAAUCUUUCGGUGGUCUGGACGAGACGUUCGAGGCGUGUUGCUAGCUCACCGCUGCCAUGGGAGCCAGAUAUGAUGAACCCACUGGUGGGAAACAUAUCGUGGCCAGUGCCAGACAAUCACGCUAUUUCGGUAACAUUAUUUAAGGAUCCACGCACUCAUGAACUUGAAGACAAAGACUGGACAUUUGUGGUCGAAGAUAUUUCACUACUGGGUAAAAAGCGAGUACUGGCAAACGCAAGCAUCAAUAUGCGUAAAUAUGCUAGUGUUGAGUCAACACAGCAGAGUUUUACGUUGAACCUUAAGCCAGUUUCUCGGAAAAUAACAGCCGCUGAUUUGGAAUUGACAAUUAGUUGUGUAUUUUUGCGCGAGGGUAAAGCAACUGAUGAAGAUAUGCAAAGCGUUGUCUCAUUUAUGUCCGUCAAUAACAACUGUGAUGUAGCGCCUCUUGACGACUUAGAGGAUAUACCAGACUUGGAAAACUCCGGGGACAUCUCGGACAAUUUAUAUGAUUUCACGCAACAGUUGGAGCAAAUGACAACAAGUUUAAAUGGUUGUACCGAUGUACCAACGCCUUUGAGCGUUCCUUCAUUGUCAGAAGAUCCAACUCCAUUGGCCGAGACAUUUAACGCUUUACAUUUUGAACAAGAAGCGGAUCAUAAAAACGUACAGCCUUGGUCGAUCGUUAAAACGGAUGAACCAUUAAAUACUCCUAGUGCACAUAAUUCACAACUGGUUACUCUCAGGACGCCUAUUAAAGACACUGAUCUGAUUAAGGAAAAUAAUCAAAUUGCUAUUGAAUUAUUGAAAUCCAAUCAAAACGAAAGGUUCCAGGAAGUUCUUACAUCUACGCCUAUAGAAGCACAAAAGGCUGCAGUAAAAGUGAAAAGUAGCUCAAGCAAAGCUCUCAACUUUGACAAACAUGAUUGCAGCACUGUCGACAUAGUAAAAUCAAAGAAUAUAAAUUCAUAUGACGAUGAAUCAACUGAAGUCUUAAGAGUAAACGUUUCUACCACUGCUGAGGAAACUGGAGGCACACAAUCUACCGAGGAACAAACGAAGCCGAUAGAGGACCAGGCUAUGGUACCUAUUGCCAAGCGCCCUGAACUUCAGCCCCUGAAUUUAAAGAAAAAUUAUGAGUCUACACCUACCACAAAUAAAUUUUCAAAUGUAAAUAAUGCUUCUCUAAAGCCUGUGGAGAAGAUCGUUCUGAAGGAUAACACCCCUGGACAAGAUUUGUUAGAGUGGUGCAAAGAGGUAACCAAAGAUUAUCCAAAUGUUAAAGUGACAAAUUUGACUACCAGCUGGCGCAAUGGCAUGGCGUUUUGUGCAAUAAUACACCAUUUUAUGCCACGUUUGAUAGACAUGUCGAAGUUAAGUGCACAUGACGUUGUUGGUAACUGUCGUAUAGCCUUUGAUGCGGCAGAAACAUUGGGCAUACCUCGUGUGAUCGAGCCACGAGACAUGAAUUUGCUCACAGUACCAGACAAAUUAGCAGUCAUGACGUACCUGCAUCAAUUACGGGCACACUUCACAGGGAAGCAGUUGCAAAUUGAGCAAAUUGGCCCGACAUCGGACGAGUCCAGCUACGUUAUCGGCAACUACAAGUCUGACAAUCUGUCGCAAAAUCUAAUAAAUUUCUCGCACCUGAAGACACAGCUAUUACAUCAGAAUUCGUUCGAUGAAGAAAAUAUCUGUCAGCAACAACAGCUGUCGCCCACGAGUAAAAAAGACGUCAAAAAUCUUAUAUUGACAAGUUCAAAGAAUAUUUUGGGUAAAGUUCUUUCCCCAACUAAAGACAAAAAUGUAGUCAAUGCAAUGCAGACCGCAAAUCAGACAACUAAAUCCUCACUGGGUCGACAUACUCCUCCUCCUCCUAUCGAUGGCAACGGCGAUACAUGUGAGGAAAUGCAAAAGCUUAACAAGGAAUCAACGUCGCCUAUGUCGUUAGAUGCUAAUGCGACAAAUGAGGAUCGACAGCAGCGAUUAAGGGAGCAGGCACGACGACUUAUAUUAGAAACACGAAAUAAGAUAGCAGGACCUGUAAAUAGCGGUGUGGACAGUCCAACAAGCCCAACUAAGCUCAAGCGAUUCAACUAUACUCCUGAACGUACUAUAUCACCUAUACACAACGGCAGUAGCAACGGAGAUUCUUACAUUGACGUUCCCUCAAAUAAAAUAGCUCUUGUACGGGAUAAACCUGAUCACUACGUUAACCACACGAGUCCUAGUCAUAGAUUAAGCGACGGUAACAUCACUCCUUUGCAAUCCUUUAACGCAGUCGUGGAAAGGAUCUCACCAAAGCAUGAAAAAAAAAAUGAUAGGCUUACAUACAUUGAGUCUGAGCUAGAAGCAUUGGAACGCGAACAAGAGGCAAUCGACCAAAAGGCUAGCAGUCUGGAGGCCAAACUGCGUGCAGUUAUGGGCGGUAAUCCAAGUAAUAAUAAAACUGGUACAAAUCCCUUCCUUAGGUUAAUACGCAAUAGCAUUGGUGGCGGUGAUGUCAUACGUAUUAAGCUGCUUGACUGGGAUGAUGAAAGUUUAUUUAGUAGUGGUGCAAGCGGUGCUGGCAGUGGCACUGAUGACGACGAAGAGACAUACAGUGACAAUUCCACCACCUCUGGCAAGAUGGAGAAGCAGCAUGAUGAAGUUCAGGCUUUUGAAAUGAAACUGCGACCAGAACAUCACGCAAUAAAGAUGCAAACACGGUCAAGGCCGCGCGCUCAGUCUUGUUUUGUGACUACGAAUCUUAACUAUUCACCGAUUCGGCCUACAUAUCAACACCAGUUACCUGAAAAUUAUUGUCAUCGUCAUCAGCAUGGCUCAAACCAAGUUUCUCACCACGUUCAUCACGUGGGACCGUAUAGUCAUUCACCAUGUAACUCUGCUUCAGUUGCGUCCUCCCGACAAUCAUUCUGUGAUAAGUUACAAGCCCUUAGUGCAGAAGAUGUCAAUGCUAAGAUUGUAGCGCCUACUGAUCAAAUGGCCUUUUGUCGGAAACGACGUGAUGAACACAAGAGAGCCCACCAGAAACACCGGCGCUCUCGUCCCCGCAGUUUUUGUGAAACUGAAGAAACCGAAGAACAAUUGCUUUCACAGUGGUUUACACUCGUAAACAAGAAAAAUGCACUCCUUAGGCGUCAGAUGCAGCUAAACAUUCUUGAACAGGAAAAGGAUCUCGAGCGCAAAUUCACAAUGCUUAAUCAGGAGCUGCGCGCUGCUCAAUCUGUUGAGGAUUGGCGAAAAACGGAGGUGCAACGUGAAAAGGAGCGCCUGUUGUUGGAAGAGCUUGUGACUAUUGUUGAUAAGAGAGAUCAGCUGGUGCAACAUUUACACAAUCAAGAAAUAGCUAUUGAGGACGACCAUGAAAUAGCGCGCGAGCUUGAACAAGUAGACAUUAGCGGCAACAAAGAAAAGUGUAUUCUACAAUAAAAAAAACACCUGACGUAAUUCAACUUGACUGGAGAUUAAACCUACACUAAUAUCUAUAAUAUUGUGGAUAUACACAAUCAUAACUUAACUAUGUUGCAGACUGGAAACAUAUGGGUUAAUAUUGUAAAAAAAAAAAAUUGACAUCAAAACGUCCGAUAGCGAAUUAAGCAGCUUUAAAAUUUGAAUAAAUUCUAAAUCAUUUUACUUAAAAGAAUGUUGUCAUGUACAUUUUAAAAUUACAUUUCAUUUACCUAACUAUAUAUGAUAAUUGUUUUAGUGCCAUUAUUUUAUCCGUUUGGUAAAGAUUUUCAAUUUCAAAAACCCAA